AAAGGCCCCAAUCCAUCUCCCUCUCUCCCCAACCGAAGCUCCUCUCGCUCUUCUUCUCUCUCAGUUUCUUCCAAACUUCGACGCCUCACAGUUCCUUUCUUCUCAACCUCCUUCAAUCGUAAUUUCCCUUUCUCUCUCACAUACUCACACACUACGCCUCUUUGUUUGUGGAUCUCGAUUUCGAUCGAUUUACCGCUGUUCUGUUAAUUGAUGCAUCUUAGAGUUUAUGAAAUCGAAAGGAAAUUUGUAUUUCUGUUUGUAAUUUUACUGUGUUUACGUGUUACUGAUUUUUUUUGGUGAAUCUCGAACAGGAAAAAAAGACCCGAUAUGGCCACGUUUGAGUUGUAUCGCAGGUCGACGAUCGGGAUGUGCUUGACGGAAACACUGGAUGAGAUGGUUUCGAAUGGAAUAUUGAGCCCCGAGCUUGCUAUCCAAGUACUUGUUCAAUUUGACAAGUCGAUGACUGAGGCUCUUGAAACUCAAGUGAAGAGCAAAGUUUCGAUCAAGGGACAUCUUCAUACCUACAGAUUCUGUGACAAUGUGUGGACUUUCAUCUUACAAGAUGCUGUUUUCAAGAGUGAUGAAUGUCAGGAAAACGUUAGCCGGGUGAAGAUAGUGGCAUGUGACUCAAAGCUGCUCACGCAGUGAGAGAUCUUCUUUUGCAGGCGACAUUGGUUGGUUUUAUAGCUGCUGAUAUUAGUUCGGUAGAUGGAGAACAGAGACUGUGAGAGGAGUCGGAAGAAGAAUGGAAACUCAUGCUUAGUUGUAAUUUUUAUGUGACAGCGAAAAUUGGAACCGUUCUGUAUAAUCCUUCUAGACGCUGAUGGUUGUAUUUCAUAUGAAUGUUUUGACAUCUAUACUGGACAGCCGCCUAUUCAUUUUCAGUUUUGUCAUUACUGAGAGUUUGUUGGGACUGAUCUCGUCACCUUUUGUGGCUAAAACUAAUGCAUAUUCCUGUACAUUAGAUCUAUUUGCUUUGUUGUUGAGAAAUGACGGGAAAACUGUUCGACAGAAACACCACUUUUUUAUUUGAGUUUUCUUUCCCUUUCCUCAAGUUCACUGUUC